CAAUUCUUAUGACGUCAUCGCCGCAUUGGACAUUUCAGCCAAGGCAACACAACGGAAAACGGAACAGGAUUCUCCUGAAUAAAACCCAAGAAUGAGUUAAAAUUGGACUUUCCUACUUAGCCGCUUGUUGAAAGACUAUCGUAAGUGCAAAAUGGCGCUGUCACAAGAAGACGUUGACGCCUACAAAAACUCCUUGAAGGAUCUUCACGUCAACAGCAAACCUGUGAUCAACAUGCUGACGAUGUUAGCCGAGGAUCAUGAGCAUCACGCCCCUGAGAUUGUUUCUGUUAUUGAAGAGCACAUCACUAAGAGCAAACCAGAGAGAAAGCUGCCUGCCCUCUACCUGAUUGAUUCUGUCAUGAAGAACUUGGGUACCACAAGUUACAAGUCCCUCUUUGCCAAGAAUAUUGUUUCAACAUUUUGUUCAGUCUUUGAACAGGUUGACGAGAGAACAAGAGCAUCCAUGUACAAACUAAGGCAGACCUGGAGCUCGAUUCUUCCAAACCAGAAAUUGUACAUGAUUGAUGUGAAAAUCAACAGCACACUUGACCCAGCCUGGCCUAUCACUGCAAAAGCUGAAAAUGCCAUCAUUCAUGUCAACCCAAAGUUCUUGCAAGGACAAAACAGUGAAGGUGAGCGAUCUUCCCCAGACAUGCAGUCAUCUCCGGAGGACGAUGCAGAGAUGGAGGAAGUUGCUAUCCGGCAAAAGCUGAUUGCCAAACAACACGAGCUUCUCAAGCUGCAGGAGGCCAGGCUGCAGCUGGAAUUGGCAGAGGCGGAGGAGAAAAUGAAGAUGAAAAAACAGCACCAUAAGUCGACAACUAUUACCAGCUUGCCAAUGCCGAGUCUGGCAGAUGCUGCUCCCUUGCCAGAGACGGUGGCGCCACCUCAAGAUCCAAGACAGCGGCCUAAAGAGGAUCCUAGUCUAAAGCCUCCUCAGAAACUGGGACAGCGUCCAACAGAUCCCAGACUUAGGGACCCAAGGAUAAAACGAUCCGAGCCAGAUGUGCCAUCCCAGACCAGUUUUGCAAGUAAUGCGCAAGAGAUUCCCCCAUCAUCUAUGCAGCCAUAUUCUAUGUCACAAAUCAGCUCCUAUCAAAAUGCUCCAAGUGGACCUGGCCAGCAGUUUACACCAGGUCCAGAAGUUCAUGGACAUGGGUCUUUUCCAGAUAACAUGCCAAAUCAGUUUCCUGGACCCAUGGCAUUUCAAAGUCAAGGACAUGGGCACUUCAUUCCACCUUCACAGGGUCAAGGUCAUUGGCAGGCAUUUGCUGCUCCUGCACAGCCUGGGCAAUCCUUUAAAGGGGAAGUGUUUUCACCAAGAUUUAGUGAUGAAAAUGAUUCUGAUUCUAGUCGUUCAAGUUCUCAGGAUGUUAACGCCAGGCAACUGGCUAGUAUGGAAAGUCGUGAUCCUAGACAAAAGAUGAAUGAUUCUAGACAUGGACACCAAAGUGAUCCUCGCAGAAGUGUUGGUGAUCCAAGACACAGUAUAAGUGACCCUCGAGUUAAUAUGAAUGAUGUCAGGGUUAAACAAAGUGAUCAGGGAUGGGGAGUAAGUGAAGUUAGAUCUAAACAUGGAGGUAACCCUCAGACAUUUUCACCAGAUGGGCAUGAUUCUUCACAAGGGUUUAGGUCAAGUGCUAGGAACAAGCCAGUUGAUCCUCGACACAGGUCACAGAGUGACUUAAAACAUACACCAGAUAAAGAUAUCCAUUCUAAACUGUUGGAUAAAAAUAAUUCUAGCACAAAACAUAUUCAGCAUAGGUCUGACCCAGGAAGAAGAUCAAAAGAAAAAGAAAUCAAGCAUGUGAAGGAAAUCAAACCUGAAAUAACGAAACACCCUACAACUAUUGAGAAAAGAUCAACAGAAAAAGACAGCACAGCAGAUACCAAACUUAAAGAUGCCUUUGAAGCAGAAAGGCAAAAGCGAGUGGAAGAAAAUCAAAGAGCCGAGAAGAGAACAAGUAAAGGGAAACCAGAGGAGAGGUUUCCAGGAAGCAAUAUCAAAGAACGGGAAAGAUCUCCACUUCAGCGCUCUCCAAAACAGUACUCUCGUGGUCGUACUAAUCAGAGAGACGGGGCUGGUGAUAGAAGGGGGGACAGUUUAGAGCACAAAAGUAGCAGGGAGACAAUUGAGAAGAAUUUAAGCAAAGAAUUGGCAGUGAAAAAGGACACAACACGGAGGUCAGGUGAAUCAAAAAAGUCUGGCUCAGAUUCUAAGUCAAUAGCAAAGUCCCGAAGGUCUGAUCCAGGGCCAGGUGUGAAGAAAACAAACUCAAAUUCUAGUGUGUCUGAAAAAUCAGGGGUCAAAGUUAGUAAAAGUAUUGAUAAUGUUUCAAAUAAGAAGCUGGGUAAGGUCUCUGAGUCUGUCGAUGUUGUUAGAAGGCAAACAAGAAAGUCAGCUGGUAAAGAAGCUGAAAAGAGAGCUCGUAGCAGAGAUCAGGAAGAUCUAGUCACUCUGAAGAAGCCCAAGUUGGAACCUGUGUCAAGUGAAUCUGAGGAUUUCGAUGAGACCAACAUUCCUGAACAAAACUUCCCAGAGGAUUCAGACAUGAUGCCUGAGGAGAAUUUUCCCGAGGAAAACAUGGAGGUUGACAAUGAAGUUUCCAGUAGAAUGAUAAAAAAGGAGAUUAAAAUAGAAGAUGAUAUAAGUGACUUGUUUGGUGGUGAGGAUGAGGACUUCCGGAGUGUAGGGCCGAAGGGGCUACCCCUAGAGUCCCCUCGGGGAAAGGCCUGGGACACGUACAAGGCUGACAGAUGUGACAUGUUCAGGGACGACAUUGAACGCAAGAAACACAGGCAUGAAUCAGUGGCCGAACUAAAACCCAGGUUGGACGAGCCCCAGGACAUUGACUUCCGUGUGGGACAGCCCGAGCCAGAACAGACUUCUCCAACCAUGGAGAUCUCCUCAGACCAACACACAGAAAUACUAUUACAAGCACACCAGAGAUUACAGGCAGGCAAGAUUACACCAGAGCAGCACCAAGAACUUCUGAGCCAGUUGGGCAAGCUAGUGCAGAUACGGCAGCUGCAGCAGGAGCAGGACCGACGUCUAUCCACAGAUGGGGUUACCACCCUUCAGCCCCCCUCAGACAGUGAUCUUCAGUCACCUACCACAACAGCACAGGAACAUGUUGCAGCCCAAGUUACCAAACAGGAACUAGACACAGACCGCCCGCCAGAACGCUUCAAAAUUCCGAAAAAGUCUCAGGAAAGCAAAAUUUCAGAAGAUGACUCAAGGAAAGAGCUUAGAAAUUUAUACCCAGAAUCCCCAGUGCAUGAGUUUGGCACAGUAAGGUUUCCUGGUGCUGAUCUGAAUUCCCAAAACAGCGAUUCUUUUGAUGUAAGCAAAAUGCCGAUCUUGCAUAGUCCCAAUGAUAGAGAUAGGUUUGAUGGGCCACCAGAGAGAAGAAGCAGAACAGCUAUUGAUGAACACUCAAAUGAAAGUUCAAGUAGAGAUGGUACCUCAGACUUCAGAAAGGAUGGACCUGCUGAUCUGAGAAAGGAAGGCCAUGAUGAUUUUAGAAAAGAUGGACCUCACGACUUAAGAAUAGAACAGUCAGAGUUUAGGAGUGAUGGAUCUGAUUUUAGAAAUAAUGGACCACCUGAUAUAAGGAGAGGAGGACCUCAAGACUUCAGAAGAGAUGGGCCUCCUGACUUAAGAAAUGACUCCGAUUUUAGAAAGGAUGGACCCCCAUUUAAUGAUGAUCAUAGUUUCAGAAGAGAGGGGCCAACUGACAGUAGAGAUGAUCCAGGAUUUAGAAGGGAUGUCCCCCCAUUCAGAGAUGACCCAGGUUUUAAUAGAGAUGGGCCUCAAUUUAGAGAUGACCCUGAUUUUAGAAGAGAUGGUCCCCCAUUCAAAGAUGACCCAGGCUUUAGAAGGGAUGGGCCUCUAGACAGGAUAGAUGACACAGGAUUUAGAAGGGAUGGUCCCUCAUUUAGAGAUGACCAAGGUUUGAGAAGGGAUGGUCCUCCGGACAUGAGAGAUGAUCCUGGUUUUAAAAGGGAAGGUCUUCCAUUUAGAGAUGACACUGGAUUUAGAAGGGAUGGGCCUCUGGACAGGAGAGAUGAACCAGGAUUUAGAAUAGAUGGACCUCCGGACAUAAAAGAGGAUCCUGGACUAAAAAGAGAUGGUCCCCCAUUUAGGGAUGACCCAGGUUUUAGGAGGGAUUGUCCCCCAUUUAGAGAUGAACCAGGUUUUAGAAGGGAUGGGCCCCAACUUAGAGAUGACCCAGGGUUUAGAAGGGAUGGUCCCCCACUUAGAGAUGACCCAGGGUUUAGAAGGGAUGACUCAGGAUUUAGAAGGGAUGGUUCAGCAUUUAGAGAUGAGCCUGAUUUUAGAAGGGAUGGCCCUCCAAACCUGAGAGAUGAUCCUGGUUUUAAAAGGGAAGGUCCAGAUAUGAGAAGAGACAGGCCUCAUGAUUACAGGCAAGAUGGGCAUUCAGAUUUCAGAAGAGAGGGACCACCUGGUUUUUGGAGAGAUGGGUCUCCAGAUAGGAGAGUAGGAUCUGACUUUGACAAGGAUAGGGGACCGCCAGGGAGAUUUGAAGAAAGGCGAGUAAGGGGUAGAGGCCGUGGUAAUUUCAGAGAUCAAAGAGGGGCAGGAAGAACAGAAAAGCUAUCAUCAGGUGUUGGAGGGCCGGGUGUGCCAGGACCACCUGAUAGCUGGAGGGAUGACAAAGAUGAUAGGAGGAUGGGAAGUCCACGUGAGUUUGACAUGCCAGAGCCUGGACAUCCACGUAGUCCAGGGAGAUAUGAUGAAACAGACCCUAGAACCGGACUUCCACCCUGGAAUAAAAUCUCUUCACCUAUGAAGGAUAGGGAAAGAAGAAGGGAAUUUGACUCAAGAAACGGACCAGAUGAUUGGAGGUCAGAAGACAGACCUCACGGAGAUAGAUUUAGACAUGAAGACAGAUUCAAUGAAGGAGGUCCACGUGAUGAUGGGUUUGGCAAAGGUCAUAGGUUUAGACAUGAAGAGAGAUUUCAACGUGGAAGAGCCAGAGGGCGAAGUCACUUCAAUGAACCCAAAAUGAUGGGGCAAAGAGGAGGGCCUAGGGGCCCUGGAUCAAAAAUGCAAGGGUCUAGAAAUGAAGACUUUAUGCCUGCUUCUAUACCUGACAUAAAGCCUGUUAAUGUCAAUGAGCUCGACUCCUUUAUUGAUAAAUUUGGAGAUCCAAGGUUUAGAUGUUUUGCAGAUAUGGGACCACAAGUAAGUGAAGAGGUUGUUAUUGGAAGAAGAAAUUUUGAAAUCAAACUUGGAGCACCUCCAAGAAAGGUACUUUGGGAUUCAAUGAACAUUGAGGUAUUUGCUGAUCCAGCAAGGAGAGGUAUAGUUAUUGAUGGCCAUCUUGUGUACAAAUUUGGCGAAAGAGUAAAGGAUAUAGAGAUCAGAGGUCGAAAAGAAAAGAUAUUCUAUCUUGGUAGACCAGUUAACUUAUGGAUAGAUGGGCAACUGUUUGAGGUAAGAGUUGAUUCUCCUCCAAAAAGUGUUGAAUUUGCUGGAAAACCUCACAAAAUUCAAAUAGAUGGAAGAGACAUGAUGAUCCUUAUUGAUAAGAAUGAAAUCGGAAAGUACGGAGGUGAGCCUAGGUAUGUUUUCUUUGAUGAAAAAAGGGUAGAACUGAGAUUUGAUCCACCACCAAGGACUAUACUGAUAGAUGGAAAAUCGCGCGAGCUUCAGUUGAACAUGCAACAACCCUGUGUGAAUAUUGAUGGUGUGUUACACGGAAUAAGGUUUGAUGGUUGUCCAAGAGAUGUAUACAUCAAUGGAAAACAGUAUAAAAUUCAUACUGAUCACGCAGCAAAGCUGCGGGUUGGAAACAGGUAUCAUUAUGUUGCUUUGGGUGGUCCAUGUCAUGAGAUAAUCAUAGAUGGAAAGUGGUUUGAGUUGAAGUUCAAUGAGCCUCCGAAGGAAGUUGCAUUGGGGAACAACAUAUUGAUGGUUCGAUUGCCGGGCCCUCCACCUGAUGUAAAGAUUCUCCCUCCCAUAGGCCCGCCAGGACCCAUGAUUGCACACAGACCUAAUAUGCCACCAGGACUUCCCCUAGGCCCCAUGAUGCUGCCAGGACCAGGUCCAAACCUGUUGAUGGAUGGACCUCUGCCUCCCCAGCAAAGAGCCAUGGGCCCACCACCAGUAGGAGGAGUGAACAUGGGCAGUUCCAUGCCUGUCAGUGGGCCUGUUGGCAUGCCUCCAGUCAGUAUGGCACCAAUUCAAAACUCUGCAAUCAUUCCAGGACUUGGACCUACAUUGGGUCCGGUAAGCCAGCCAACCUCCAUGUCGGGGGUGUUUUCCACGCUGUUUGGGGUUCCUCCAUCUACAGGCCCUCCUGGAUUUGCACCCCCAGCCCCUGCAGGGCCAACCGGUCCCUUGGACAUAAACAGUCUUCUGGACAACCUGGUCAAGACAGGCCUCAUCAAGAAAGAGGCAGACAACGUGAAGACUGAGCCCGUACAGAGGGAUGUGAAGUCAAAUAUGCCAAGACCAAUGCAGAAGGAGCCUGAGAAGUUUUCUGACAUUCCUGACUUAACAGCGCUGAACAUUGUCAACAUGAAGAGUCUGCACAUGGGAGCUCUGGAGCAGCUGUAUGCUGGCAUGCAGUGUACCUCAUGUGGUCAGCGCUUCAACACUGAGGAUGAUGUUAGAGAAAAAGUUUACCGCAAACAUCUGGACUGGCACUUCAGGCAGAACCGCAAGGAGAAGGACGACAUGAAGGUCACACAGUGCAGGAAGUGGUAUUACAUUGUUGAGGACUGGGUACAGUUUGAGGAAGUUGUAGAGGAUGAGGAUAUAGGAAAAAGUAGCUUCUUUGAGCAGCAGAAGCCGCCUGGGGAAGGCACUCCAGCCAAGUCCAGUCUGUCCCUGCCCAGUCUCCCAGAUGGUGCUAGUGUCAUCAAGUGUCCCAAGGCUUCCGGUGUAGACACUCUCGAUAUGUGCACAAUCUGCCAGGAGCCUUUUGAGCUGUUCUGGGAUGAGGAGAUGGAGGAAUGGCGACUGCGCGAGGCUAUCCGCGUCAAUGGCAAGUCGUACCACCCCAUCUGCUUCGAGGACCAUACAGAUGCAUCAGAAGGAACACCAAGUCCCUCUGUACUGAAGGAGGAGCCUAAGUUUGCGAUGCGGAAGUCCCUUCACUAUGAGGAGGCCUCCAUAGACGAACAUCACAAGUCAUUUGAAGAUGAGAGGCAAAUCCAACCUCAGUCUGAUGCAAGCACCGAUAAUGUUGAUGGCACAUCUACCUCACUUACAGCUGCCAGCACUUAUGAUGUGAAACAAGUUCAUGUGAAACAUGAGUCUGGAGACAGUGGCAAUGCUGCUGACAACAAUGAUACUCCAACCUCGGGUCCUACAAGUUUUGCAGGGCUGUUACCAAAACAACUAUCCUCUUCUCAGGAGGACCCCACUGACAAUAAUUCAGCUAGCCAGUCAGCUGAUCUUGAUACCAAACCAGAUGUGAAUGUCUACACCAAAACAGAACCAAUGGACACUGCUGAAGAUGCAACAAUGCCUACGAACACAAACUUGUCAGAACAAAUUGAGGUGAAAACUGAAGUUUCUGAGAGCAUGGACACUUCUGAUAAUAAGAAUGCAAGUGAGAGUCACGAUCAGUUUUCACAGGAUCAAAUCUCAUCAGCUGCAGAGUUGAAUCAAUCUCAGGAAAGUGUUACACCAGAGACAACUGCUGAGUCAAACGCUGAAUUGACUGAUGACAGUGUGAAGCCUCUCACAGUCAACACUGUCACCAUUAAGAAAGAGCCUGUUUCACCUCGAGAGCCUAUCACAGAACCUGACGUGCAAUCACUCUCAGUUACCCCUGUUGCCAUCAAAACAGAGGUGACUACACCUACAGAUACAGAAACUGAAAUAAAUGUGCAAUCAACAAUAGACAAAACCACUGAAGUGGAGCCAUCAGUCGGUAUGACUGAUGCUCUCUCUGUAAUCACCAGUGGGGGCACCACGGAAACAGCGGAACAAUUGAGGCUAAAGUCUGGCCUAUCUCCUCGCUCAUACUCCCUACUAAGCAAGGCAAACUUGGCUGUGAAAAAGGGUCCAGUAGAAAUCACUCCGGAUGUGCUGGAAAUUGAAUCAAAUGCCAGCACCCCAACUAGAGAUGAACUGCCUAGUCCAUAAGUUUCUAUGUAAUAGAUUCAGAGCAGUUAUUGAUCAUUGAAGCAUCACUGUUGAUGUUCAUUAUCGUGCAAAUGCAUAUUUAAAUCAUUUGAUAUUUUGAUUAGAAUGUGUUAUUUUUGACAGUGUUAUGCAUUUUUGGGGUUUUAAAAUUUCCAUUCUGCUCAAGACUUUUAUCAGAUAUAUUAAUUACUGGAGGUGAAACCUCAACAUUUUGUAUUUUUAUAGGAAACAUAGGAUGCAUUGUGUUUUUGUUAUGGUAUUAUUAGUUUUCAUGCUGUUGAGUAGCUAGCUGAUAAUGUGUUUUAAUGGUUAAAGAGAACGUAUUCAUGGUUUUGUAUUUCUAUCAGGGUUUCAAGGACGCUAAAACUGUACUAAAGCCUUAUUUUUACAAAGUGCUAUAUUGAAGUUGGGUACAUCACAGUAUGGGCUAAUGGGAGUAUGUGCUUAUAGAAUGAUAUGAUUUGUAUAUAGCUGUGUCCUUUUUUAUAUGUAAACAGUACCUUUUAUUAUUUUAAAUCUGUACCAAAUGUUGAAAUCUGAAUUUGUUAAGUUAUAUUAAUUGUUAAUAAGUUGUUCUUAAUAUGGUGUGGAUACUAUAUAUAUAAUUGUUUUGAAAGACCAUAAAAUGUGUUUAAUAAAUCCCAUUUUUGACUGACUGUAUGAAUAUGUCAUUGUGUGUAAUGUAAAGUGCCGUGUUGUGUUGGAGAACAAACUGUUGCAGUGAUGGUGAUUUAACUGGAGACAGCAACAUUAAUCAUGAUCUGCAGGCCAACCUUCAGUUACAUUGUAAUAAUUAUGUUGUUCUUUUAACAUAAUCUCUCAUGAAAAAUUAUGAAUAAAAUGGUAAAAUAUA